GCAGAGGUGCUGGGCUGCCCGUCGGUCUGACGCUGGCUGUCUUGGCUCUGCGCUAGGUGGAGGAUGGAGGCAAGGCGGCCCUGUCCCGCAAGAUGCGGCCCGGGGACGAGCUGGUGAACAUUAACGGCACGCCGCUGUACGGCUCCCGGCAGGAGGCGCUGGUGCUCAUCAAGGGCUCCUACCGCACGCUGAAGAUGAUUGUCAGGAGGAGGAACGUGCCCGUCAUCCGGCCCCACUCCUGGCACCUGGCCAAGCUCUCCGAGGUCCGGACGGAGGCUGCCACCAUGCACUGUGCUUCCGACGCCUUCAGCUUGUCCUGGCACUCGGGAUGUGACGCCAGGUGAGCCCCCAGGUGUCCUGAGCCA